ACUCGCUUCCUCCCACCGCUAAUUGCUGCAGGUGUGGAGCUGAUUUUUGCGCCAGCACACGGAGGAAAACUGCGCCCGACGCAUUCAUGCCGCUGUAAAGGAGUAAAAGGACAAUGCACAUAACACUUAACCUCUCAGGCCCUUACGGCGCCAACCUGUCAGACACAGACCCUGAGAGGCUGCGGGAGCUGAGCCACCGCUCCGUCAAAGUAAGCAUAAUCAUCGUUCUGGGCGCAAUGAUUACGUUGGGAAACGUUGCAGUUCUCCUGGUUAUCACUUCCUCGGUGGCCGGUUGGUCCAGAAACUCUCGGUACUUUCUCCUCUCUCUCACUGCUGCAGACUCUGCGUUUGGACUGCUGGUCAUGCCCCUGAAUCUCUGGGUGAGUCUGUUAAAGGACUACACCGAGGGGCCAGACGCUCUGUGCCAUGUCGUGGCUUUUUGCAACGCCACCGUCUACUCCACCUGCAUGUACACCCUGGCCACGAUAAGCCUGGAGAGGUACAUCGCGGUGUUUUACCCUCUGCAGUACUCGACUCUGAUGACAAGGAAAAGGACGCUGCUCCUGAUCGCCUUCGCCUGGUGUUUCCCACCCUUUUUACUCUCGCCAAUCUCAUUUCCAGAUGGCAUCAUCGAGGUUCAUUUUUCUACCGCGUCCCUGGUCUGCAACCCGUCCUACUCCACAAACGUCGCCUACUCCCUGAGCUUGACAUGUCUGAUAUUUUUCCCUUGUUCCAUCGUCAUGACAUACGCGAACCUGAGGGUGUGGUGCGCGGCCAAGAGACAGACUUUGAAACUGCGCAAAUACAGCUGUGCGCGUCGCAGCAGGCCCAACGUGGCCUCUAGGGUGCUCGUGCCCGUGAUGGCAGCCUACUUCACCUGUUGGACCCCCUGCAUGGCGACCAUGAUCUACAACGCCAUCUCGGGAAGCAGCGUACCAGAGUGGGUUGAGUUUGUGGUGGUGUGGCUUCCAACUUCCAAUGGUUUCCUCAACUGCAUCUUCUACUUUUGGAUAAACCGAAACUUCCGCAGAAAAUUUAAUCUAAUCCUCCAGAGGCUGGCUCUGUCUCUCUGCCCUAAAUUGGCCGACACCCUCGGCUGCAGCUACCCUUCCACGGCACAAUUUACCUCGGGAUUUUUGGAUAACAACAACAGUGUGCACGAGCGCUCCUCCAGCGUGUCCUCCACCUGCACACUGCUGACCCUGGCCUAGGACCUCCGGACCUGGACAGCAUCGCCACCAUUACAAAUGGAUAAGGUUGUGAACUGUGAUGCUCUGUCUUAGUGUUUUUGACCCAUCCCUUUUUGAAUGGGCUACAUCAAUGACCAGGUCAAAGUAACGGGUUAUGUAGGCUGAUAUUCAGAUGGUUUGAUGCUCAGGCAAAAAUGAUUGUACAGUUAUACAUGUUUUAUUUUUUAUCAGUAUUCAGUCAGAUAACACAGUUCAGUUGAUCAGAGCAGCCUUUGUUUAGAAGUGGUUUGGAUUUUUAGUUUUGUUCAUAAACGCACUGUAAUGAGGAUUUGAUUUUUGAACAGAAAUGGCUUCUUAAACCACCAUUUUAAGUUGUUUUAUAGCCAGCCAUCAUACUUGCCACAGAAAUGCCUGCCAUAAACCUGAAAACCUAAUGCAUUCUGCACGUAGGUUUCAGUAACGCCACCCUGUGAGGCUGUGCUGCUUAGGUCAACGUAUCUCUGAUAUUUGGAGUUAGUUAAUUAGCUCAUCAGAAGAAACUGAUAUUUAGGCUUCUUUUCAUUUGAGAUAUGUGUGAAUGUUACUGAUUAUCAUAACUUUGAACUGGAGCCGUCAGCCUCUUCUUCUUUUUAAACUAUGCAUCAAAGAUCGCAGUAUAUUACAGUGAGGAGAAAAUAACCUGAAGUCGCAACCUUUCCAUGCACACAGGGAGAAAAGUAAUUAAGCAACAACACUGCAGAAAGGUCACCACGUUUGUGCUGGGAAGAGAUAACUUGUGCUUGGAAGAUGUAGACUGGCUAUGAUAUCUCUAAACAAACAAGCAACGUCUGGAGUUACUGCUCAGUGUCUUUACCUUCUGCUUUAGUUCAACUUGGCAAUUACCGUGUUCAAAAUUUUGAGAAGUUUACGGUCACACUGAACAUUGAUGUAAAUUGAGAAUGGUGUAUGGUUUCUAAAAACACUAGAGAAACAUUUUAUUAAAUUAAUUUUAACCUUUGGGUGCUGCUGGGUGUUAACAUCAGCGAGUAUCAGAAAAAUGACUUAAUGAUAUUUGUAUGUACAUACUGUGUUUCUAAAGUCAAAAUACGCAUAAUAAAUGUAUUGAUCUUUUUGAAAUAAAGCAUAAUGCCUUU